AUGUCUGAUUCAACCAUUAGGCUUGAGGGCCAGCAUGGUACUGCAGAUUCUGAUCUGAAUGCGAGAUUGGACGCUUUGCUGAACGAUACCAAUGAUACGGGUACCGCGAGCAAAGGGACGCUGCUUGGGGCAACCGACUCGCUUCUGACCAAGAUUAACAGAUCGUCAUACAGGAUUGAUGAAAAGUUCGAACGGGUCAAAACUACUUUAGAUGGUUUCAAAACCGAUAACGAUGCUAAGAAAUCUACAGCUUAUAAGUACGAUCUGAUUGAGGUCAAACAGUCUCUCGAAGAGAUUCUCACUAAACGCGAAGAAGAUUUAUUGACCUACAUCGCACAUGAGCAUAGACCUUCAGAUGACUUGAUCUUGGCCUGUGCGACCUUUGAAAAUCGCUUCUUGAACACAAAUAGUGGUAAUCCUGAGAGUAUCUACACUAACGCUGAUACACCAGUGGUCCACGGCUGGAGAGAGAUUCGAAGACCGAAAAACGCCAUUCGACAAUUACCACGACAUUUCUAUACAUCUCGAUUUCAAGCUUCAGCGUUCUGGUGUCUCCCAAACACAUAUCCCAACUCUGAAGAGAACUCUGUCCUUCGUCGUAAGCAAGCUAUCGGAACCGGAACGAGCACCUCGAGGAGCGAUGGACGGUUUGGGAAAGCCGCGAAAGUUACUUCUCACGAGAAACAUAAAGCUUGGAGACGUGGAGCUACAGCUUCAAACUUGACUUUGGUGAAUGAAAUCGACGUGUUGAUGUCCAACCUUUGCGAGGGCAACGUACGAGCUGCUAUCUCGGAUUAUGAUGACGGACAAUUGCCCAACCUCCUUAUGCAGACGAGGGACUGGGAUUGCGGGAAUGCCAAUACCAAUAAGAUCUACAGAGAUCAGAUCGGGAACUUGUGGGGUACCCUGAAAGAGCUACGACCAUGUGUGACUGGUCAAACAGCUAGCCACGUUCCACCUUCUGAAGAGGCCGAUAUCAUGGGUGAUAUACGUAGGACUUACAGAUAUUUUCACAAUUCUAUGAUAUCAAUGGGACUGCUGUUUGGUUUGUCAGAAACGAUGAUUCGUGCUAACUCUCGUAUGCUCAACUUGUGGCAUCAUGGGUACAGGAACUGGCAUUCCCCAUUAUUAUCUUGGUAUUUUGUUAGUAUACACCUCUCGGAUGGCCCUGUGAUCUGUACUUAG